AUGGCACACACAGCUCCCAACCGAGCGGCACUGGGUCUGCCCAUGGAGCCGCUCGCCAGACGCAGUCAGCCUAGGAGAUUAUCGUCGCUGGACCUCGCAGUGGACAACCAGUCAGACCUGGCCGGGCUGGCGGCGGCGAACGACACAUAUGGCGCAGUGCCAUCUAGUUUCGCGACGCAAAUGGCCAUGGCGACCGGCAUGAUGACGCCUGCCGGUCUCGGUGGGGGUCCUGGCCUCGGCCGGCGCGACAGCGACCGCAUGAGCCGGCUGAUGCUGGCACGUAUGAAGACGCUGGAGGAAGGGUUCGCGGACAUCGUGCACGAGAUGCGCGUCAUGCGCAGCAGCGGACACCCAACGGCGAACAACUCCGCAUCCGAGGGCAGCUGGAAAGGCAGGUCGGUGCCCGGCCUUGCCACGAUCGAGAUUGCGGGACACGACAGGGGCGAGCGCAGUGGGCUGAGGAGGGUCAAGACUGUGACUUCGAGACCUGGCAGCGGCAGGGGCAAGGGCAAGCAGGUCCAGCAGUCGGACGCCGACGACUCGGAUGAUGGCGAUGGCAACCAGACGUUUGCCACAAAGGGGAGUUCUUUAUAA